AUGGCUACUCUGGAAGAGUUGCUGGAGAAGGUCCUCGAGCGAAUACCUGAGAAAGAACAAGAUAUUCCGUUGGAUUACACGUUUGUACCGUACGAUAAAGUGAUGGAACUGUACAACGCCUUCUCGACAAAUCCGAGAGCAUUUGUGAGAGCGCUGGAAAUUUAUACUUAUCAGGACCAAGUCUACGAGCUCAGAACAGCCGCGAGCAAGCGGAUAUUCACCGCGGAUCGAGUGAAUUUCAUCAAAAAGUGCCUCUUCCGUCAUUUUUCCGUGCCACCUAAUCUUCAAGAAGAUGUCUGGAGAAGCGCCCGUACGUCGCUGAAUGGUCGAAGUGGCCGUCUGAGGCGAAUGAUAAGAGCCAAGCAGAUCAGUGGCUUCCGGACAUCAACCCCUGUUUCUGAUUUACUCGAGGGUCUAGUCCACUCGGACGGGCCUGCUGGCGAGGUUGUUUAA